CCAGUAAUUGUCAAGGAGAUAUUAAACGUGGAAAUUCUCAGGCAUCUUGAACAGCCAAUGCAUGAAUUACAUGUACUUUCAAAGCAGAAGUCAUCCAUAAACUGGCAUAUAUAUUUGAAAUUUAAAAUAACUCUUGGACUCCACGUCAGUCACCCAGUAGACCCCUACGCAAUAACUAGCUGCGACAUGCAUUGCAUGGUCUUUUGAAGGACAAAUUUACAAUUUGGUGAAAUAUUUUUAAACGUCACAGCAAUUGUAUUAUUUAAAAUUACAUUGUUUUAUUGAAAAUUACCUAUUCCAACUAAACUUCAACGAACUUCAGUUUUUUGCUCUGCCAAAAACCCCGGGGGCCAGCUAUAUUAUAUGAUGUACUGCAAUUAUUGCCAAAUGGUCUAUAUACAUACUUGUCUGGAAUUUGCUGACCAGACCUCGCCCUUGUAGUUGAGAAUGGAGGAUGACAACAGUGAGGACAAGUGGAUCGCCCCGGACUCCACCAAUGAGACAUACCCAGUCACCGUGCCUUACACCUCUGCUCCAGUCAGCUUGUACAGCCACCCCACAUACAACAGCCACUUCCGCAGUCAAGAUAGGGGACAACAAGCUACAUAUGAGCAGCCUACAUAUCAGAUUUCCCAGUCGCAGCAGUUUUACCAGCCAGCUUCCUCUAAUGUAUCCUACGAAAGGCUGUCCCCAAACUCCUACAGGGAAAUCCCUACGGACAAUGAACCCAUCUCUUACUCCAACCUACAGCAGCCGGAGGGCUCCCAGUUGAUCACUUCUGUUGACAGCAGUACUCUCACCCAGAUGGGCUAUCAGGUGCACCAUGUGGUAAUGGACUCAGACAGGCUGGUAACUGUGCAGAGAGUUGUCUCCCCUGUGGAUUGUUCGGCUGGUCCCUCGAAUGUGUCGAGCAUGACCCAUCAAGAGACCCUUGCCCCCCAGCCAACACAUGCCAUUCUGACUCCUGUGCCAGUGUCAAGCAUCCAAGGUUAUGCCCCAUCCUAUAAUGAUAUGACAGUUCCUAAAAGCUUGAGGAAUGGCAAUGAGGCGAUGCCAAAUGAGGAUCAAAGGAUGACCUUCUCUGGUGUCAGGGGGUCAAUGCCCAGCAACAGAUUUCCUCCUAAGAAAAAAGAAAUAGCUAGAGACAUUGUCAGUGGGGAUGCAGACACAACUAGAGAUGACAGGGACCUGGAGACAUAUCAGACAUCAUCUCAGGUUCACAGUUAUAUUCUUGAGGAUGAUCAACAAGGUGGUCUUCACUCCACGAUGGUCAAGGAGCCAGGGUCCCUCCACCCCACCCACACCCAGGAGGCCAUGAUAGACACCACCCAGUCCGUGCCCAUUGGCUUCCCGUCCGAGGGGGAGAACAUGGAGGCAGCAGAAGUGGGACACUCUAUGCUCAGCUCAGAUCUAGAUCACUUGAGCCAUCAUGCAAAUAUGAGAGCAAAUCUUGAAGGAAUCCAAAUGCAUCAUUUGGUCAGUGAUAAAAACACAAGAAAUGGACCUGAUUCUAUGUCAGCUCUGUCUAUGCCGGUGAGAAAGUCAUCUCGUAUCGCUGAGAUGGAGAAUGAGCCACAAACGUGGCGUAAACCGAGAUACAAGCCUGGAGUGUACAACUAUAAUGAGAUAUGGUGUGACGAUUGUUCGACUACAUAUUCCACGGAGUGCCCCACCCACAAGCUGACCUUGGUCCCUGACAAGGUCGUCCUGUCCCGAGCCUGGUCAAGUCUCCCCCCGCUCCUACAGAUCUUUAGAAUCGGAGACCCCAAUCUUCAUCCCAGUGAGACAAGUGUUGGUGUUUUUGCCAAGAGAACAAUUCAGAAAAACGUCCAGUUUGGUCCUUUUGUUGGAGAACUAGUGAUGAAAGAUAGUGAUAUCAACAGCAAGUUCCCUCUCGCUAUUGAGCGUGGGGAAGGAGAUGUGAAUUAUUUUGACACGUCUGAUGAGAAUAAAUGUAACUGGAUGAUGUUUGUGCGACCUGCUGAGAGCUAUGCUGAUCAGAACUGUGUGGCCUACCAGUAUGGUCUGGACAUUUACUUCACCAUUACACGGAAUAUAGAGGCCAGAGCAGAAAUCAAGGUCUGGUAUGCCCCACAUUAUGCUGAGAGAUUUGGUUUUCCCCAACUUGAUAUUACUGACCAAGACAUUCAAAGGUUAGAUGACCAGGAGAAUAAGUAUGUGUGUUAUGAUUGCACGGAGUCCUUCAGAACUCAAAUGGCUCUUCAGAAACACAUAAUGAUACAUGAGAUUAAUACAUCAUCAAACUUAAAGGAAUCCUCAAAGACCUAUUCUUAUACUGCUACCGAACCAGAGGAACAAUACUUGACUGAGGCAGUGACAGAGUCUGAAGCUUCUACUUCAGGACUAGACAAAGCAAAGAAAACAAAACCUCCCAAAAAGGCAAAGGAUAUAGGAGAAACCUACAUGUGGAAGAAAAAGUCGACAAGUUUUUAUCUGAACAAGACUUUGAAGAAGUACAAAAACAGACAGAACCCAGAAAAUAUCAGAAAGAAUCUCAUGAACUUGUACCGACGAAAAGGAAAGGGUGUAGGAGGAGGGAAUGAGUGGGAAUGCAAUAACUGUCAUCUGUCAUUUGAAAACUCAAAUGUAUUAAAUCUCCACAUACUGUUUCAUGCAGCAGAAGAUGUAGAUCUGGAAAGAGUAGAGCAGUAUGCCAUUACAACUAACGAGAGUGUGAUGUAUGGAUCUGGUCCAAACUAUGUCCAGGUGGAUAAAAGGGUCCUGGCUUGCCCCGUCUGCCAAAUGCAGUUCCAUGAUAAGAAGAUGUUGAUACAGCAUGCAGCCGACCAUGGGACGUCAAAGUACAAGUUCCUGCGGGAAAGGCCAUUCAAAUGUGACAAGUGUUGUAAAGCCUUUUACACUCAUGAGCGACUCCAGCGACAUAUCCUUUGUCAUGGGGACGAGUCCACUAAGCCACUUCAGUGUGAUGUUUGCUUUAAACGCUUUAUGAACAACUCAGCCUUAUCCUGCCACAUCAAGAUUCACAGUGACAAGAAGUACUAUACUUGCCCUGUAUGUCACGAGGGGUUUGAUCACACCAAUGCCAUGAAACUACAUGUGGUGAAACACAGUGUUAAUGGCUACUACAAGUGCCCAGACUGUGAGAGACAGUUUGAAGAUUUCUUGUCAAUGAGAAAGCACUUGAGAAGUUUCCACUCCAACAAGGAAUAUCCCUGUCCUGAAUGCAAGAAAGUGUUUCCUCGCCCAGACAAACUGAAACUUCACAUGUUGAGGCAUUCUAGCCACAGGGAGUUCAUGUGUGAAACUUGUGGCAGGCAGUUCAAGAGGAAGGACAAACUAAAGGAGCACAUCCGACGAAUGCAUGCUGGGGAUAAGGAGCCCAAAGUGGUCAACCAGCAAAAUAUGUCAUCAAAGAAGUUUGUCCCGAAAGUGUCACCUAAUGAUUUCCAGAGAUUCAUUUACAAAUGCCAUCUAUGUAUGCUUGGGUUUAAAAGAAGGGGGAUGCUGGUCAACCAUCUGGCAAAGAGGCACCCAGAUAUAAACAUGGAGUCUGUACCUGAACUAAACCUUCCUAUACUGAAAACUCAAAAGGAUUAUUACUGUCAGUACUGUGAGAAAGUAUACAAGUCUAGCUCAAAGAGGAAAGCUCACAUUUUGAAGAAUCACCCUGGGUCAAUUUUGCCAGUAAGUGCAAGAAAGAAAGUAGUGGACACACCUGGUUUACCAAACCCCACCUACUCUCAAACUGUGGGCAGCAUCACCACAAUGCCUCACUCUUGCGAAUUCUGCCACAAGCAGUAUGCAAGUAAAGCCAAGCUCACCCAACACCAGCGCAAAAAGCAUCCAGACUUGAUACCAGAACAGACCUUCACUCCAAAGAUAUCCAAAGCAGAUCCAAAGGAUAUUCAGCCAUCUCAAGAACCUCAUCAAACCAGAGAACAGCAGCAAGCACAGCCCAUACAACAUCUAGUCCGCUUUGUAGAGGCAGACUCUGGAGUUGUAGCCUGUAUACAACAGAAUGCAGGACAAGAUGGGCUGCCUCCUACAGACCUCCUGACACAGGCUAUGAGUGAGCUUACCCAUCAUUUACAACCAGUACAGGAAUAUCGCUCCACCCUGGGAGAACUAGCAGCGAUAACAUCAAGACCCAGUGGUACAACAAUGGUGCAAGUUCAGAAUCUGCCAUCAACUCAUUCUACUAUUGAGUUUAGCCAUCUUAGUCAGGCAUUAUCUAGUGCUCAUUUCCUUCCCUCCAAUCACCUUGCUGGUGCACCCAUACAACUCGCUGCAAUUGCAACAUCAACAGGUGAUCAGAUUGUGGAUCAUGGUUUACAGGUGAUUGCUUCACCAACCCAGUCCCCUGGAAGAAGCCAAGCUAACCAGGACCCCCAGAACAUUGUUUCCACACAGUCAGGUGUAUCCAUGCAAGCUAUCCCAGUGUCACUGCCCCCAGGGACAAUCAUUAGCUCUCAAAACUGGCCUCAGUAUCAGAGGUACAGAUGAACAGUCCACCUACAUGUAUUUGUUUUGUAGCUUUUCUUGUUUUUAUUAUUUACUUGUAGAAUUAGGGAUUUAAUUUAUUAAGCGCAAAGUGUAGCGCUUUUUUCCUUGCUUUCCAUUUAAGGAUCAUUCAUGCUUAAAGGCAUACCAUAUUAGUGAUAGAUGUACAUUUACUUUAUUGAAAUGUAAAACCUUCAUGAAAAUCUCAAAUUUUCCUGCUAAAAAUAGGUUAAAUUGUCAUGCAUGUAUACUUUGAUUUUACAUUAGAGGGUGAAUUUAUGGUCCUGUUCUAAACAAGGUUUACCUGGCAAUAUGUGAUGAAAACAUAAAACUGUAUGAUAAAAUGAUACCUGGUCACAGAUCAUGAUAGUUCAAAAAAUGUGUAAUUUUGUGCAUAGUGCUGUGCAAUGAAUUGUUUCUAUACCAUGGCUUUUCAUGUAAAUCUGCUUUAAUAGUAGUUAAAAUAGAUUGUUGGCUGAAUUGUUUUGGCAGACUAAGUGAUUUUUGUACCUACUUUUAAAAUCUUAAUAGGUAUCUUAACUAAUAAAAAGUCAAAGCAUUCUA